UGUUUGUUGUGUUCUGUGUGUCGCUGCUGAGUGCUGUGAGAAGAGCUCAGGCAAGCUCAGAAGUCCCGACAUGGGUAGAGUGACCUAUGAUGAUGUACAUGUGAACUUCACUCGGGAAGAGUGGGCUUUGCUGGAUCCUUCUCAGAAGAGUCUCUACAAAGAUGUGAUGCUGGAGACCUAUAGGAAUCUCGCUGCUAUAGGCUACAUUUGGGAAGACCAUAAUAUUGAAGACCAUUUUCAAAGUUCUAGAAGACGUGGAAGGCAUGAAAGAAGUCAUACUGAAGAGCAACCCUCUGAGUUUAUUCAACGUGGGAAGAAAGCCUUUGUACUUCAGAGUCAUAACCAAAGACAAGAAAGAAUUCAUACUGGAGAGAAACCAUAUGGAAGUGUCCAACAUUGUGAAGCCUUUGCAUAUCAGAGUAGUCUCCAAAUACGUAAAAGAAAACUUGCUGGAGAGAAAACCUAUGAGUGUAACCAAUGUGGGAAAGACUUUGUAUCUCACAGGUCUCUUCAGAGGCAUAAAGGAGAAAAACCUUAUGAAUGUAAUCAAUGUGGUAAAGCUUCUGCAUGUCAAGGUGGACUCCAAAUGCAUAAACGAAUACAUACAGGAGAGAAAACUCAUGAGUGUAAUCAAAGUGUUAAAGUCCUUGGAUGUCAAAGUGGACUACGAUAUCAUAAAAGAACACAUACAGGAGAAAAACCUUAUGAAUGUAAUCAAUGUGGCAAAACCUUUGUAUAUCACAGUUAUCUUCAAAAACAUAAAAGGACACAUACUGGAGAGAAACCCUUUGAAUGUAACCAAUGUGGUAAAGCCUUUGCCGGAAAUAGUCAUCUCCUAAGACAUAAAAGAACACAUACUGGUGAGAAACCCUAUGAGUGUAACCAGUGUGGUAAAGACUUUUCACGUCAAAAUUCUCUUCAAAGGCAUAAACGAGUUCAUACAGGAGAGAAACCUUAUGAAUGUAAUCAGUGUGGUAAAGGCUUUGCAUGUCAAAGUGGUCUCCGAAUACAUAAAAGAACACACACAGGAGAGAAACCCUAUGAAUGCAAUCAAUGUGAUAAAGCCUUUGCAUGUCAGAGUGGCCUCCUGUAUCAUAAAAGAACACACACUGGAGAGAGACCAUAUGAAUGUAAUGAAUGUGGUAAAUCCUUCAUACAUCACAGUCAUCUUCAAAUGCAUAAAAGAAUACAUACUGGAGAGAAACCGUAUGAAUGUAAACAAUGUGGCAAAGCCUUUACAUGUCACAGUACUCUUCACAUGCAUAAAAGAAUACAUACUGGAGAGAAACCGUAUGAAUGUAAACAAUGUGGCAAAGCCUUUACAUGUCACAGUACUCUUCACAUGCAUAAAAGAAUACAUACUGGAGAGAGACCCUUUGAAUGUGACAAGUGUGGUAAAGCCUUUGCACGAAACAGUCAUCUCCUAACACAUAAAAGGAUACACACUGGAAAGAAACCCUAUGAAUGAAAGAAAUAUGGCAAACUCUUUGCAAGUCACAGUAGUCUCCAAGUGCAUAAAAGAACACUUACUAGAGAGAAAACCUGUUAAUGUAAUCAAUGUGGCAAAGUAAAAGUACAGAAUACCCAGGAUACUGUUUCCAGAACUCGAAAAUGUUGACAAGCAACAAGGUCCAAGUGAGGAUUCCUCAAUCACACUUGGGAGAGAGAAGAAAGCAAUCGCAGCAGGGGGUAGGGAGGAAGAUACCUGGGUGGGAAAGAGGACAGGGAGGGGAAGACGAGAACAAGAUCAGGUAUUGG